AUGGGACCACAACAACCGACAUAUACCGACGCCCAGGUCGAAGCAUAUCUCAGUCGAAUUGCAUAUACCCCCACAGCAAAAGUUGAAGAUGUCCGCCAGCGUGCUCAGAGCGACGCGUUAAGUACACUCUCGGAGCUCCAGAGGCGUCAUCUCGCUGCUGUUCCGUGGGGAAACUCUGGACUGCAUUAUUCGCAGCACCACACAAUUUCCCUGCAUCCGGACAGCUUGUAUGAGAAGAUUGUGGAGAGGCGCUUGGAUGGGUACUGUAUGGAGAGUACGGGGAUAUUCUUCAUUGUCUUGCGGUCUUUGGGAUACCAAGUAUAUGCCACUGGGGGCAGAGUGAGCUAUGCUGCUGCCACGGAAGUGGACAACGGACUAUAUAUGGCAAUGGGACACAUGGUGCUGAUCGUGACCAUUGAUGGAGCGAAAUAUAUGGUGGAUGUUGGAUUUGGCAACAAUUGUGCCACUGCACCAUUGCCUUUCCAAGAAGGCGCUACAGCUACAUGCAUUGCACCUUCUGAGAUGCGUCUAAUCAAGGACAGCCUUGUCGAGUGCAGCGAUACAACCCAGAAGCUCUGGAUCUACCAGACAAGAAACAACCCCGACAGCCCUUGGGUUCCCAACUUUUGCUUCUCUGAGGUGGAAUUUUUGCCCCAGGAUUUUGGCGUGAUGAAUUUCUCAGUCAGCCAGAAACCAACCAGCUUCUUUGUUCAGAAUUUUGUGUGCGUGCGAAUGAUUCUGGAUCCUACGGGGAGGGAGAUUAUCGGGCAGUGCAUCAUGUCGGGUAAAGAGGUCAAGCAACGAAUCAAGGGACAAACAGAGGUUUUGCAAGUCCUUCAAACUGAAGAAGACCGGGUCAAAGCCCUGGCAAAAUACUUUGACAUGCACCUCCGAAAUAGCGAGGUCGAAGGCAUUCGAGGCUUGACCUCCCAAAUCAAAUAG